CCCAACUUAAAGCGCACUCACCCAGGGGACUCAAAUGCUUGUGCGAGUUACAUUCUUUGUUUUUGGGUAAAAAAAUCUGGUACAUUCUAGCUCGCGAUUGUGGUUGUGCUGUGACGGAGAGAAUGGCAUGGAGGGGUCAUCUGUCUAAGAAUCUGAAGGAGAUUCGGAUCCUCUUUUGCCAAACUUCACCUGCCAGUUCGGCUGCUAGAUCAUUCGUCGAAAAGAAUUAUAAGGAUCUGAAAACGCUUAACCCAAAAUUCCCAAUAUUGAUCCGUGAAUGCAGUGGGACCGAACCUCAGCUCUGGGCAAGAUACGACAUGGGUGUGGAAAGGGGUAUUCGCUUAGAAGGCUUGACAGAAGCACAGAUUUUAAAGGCACUGCAGGACCUUGUUAAAGUGGGGGCAGCUCUCAAAGCCUGAGAUAUCACUGCUAUCAGAACCUCUGAAAUUAAUAAAUUAAUCUCCUAUGGGAAGCUCUUCCUAGGAUGAUUUUUAAUUUGGCAACCCAUGUUUGUCUUCCUUAUGAUGAUAUUUUGAAGUUGAAUACUCAGCAUUGUGUGUGUAGUUACUUUGGUUUGCUAAAUUGUGCUCAUUCAGUUAUUUGAACUCCAA